AUGAGACUGGACAUUCUGUUCGUCGCUUGUGGGCUCCUGGUAUCUUUGCCGGAUGUUCAAGCUCAAGCCACCCUUGAGAGCGCCAUUUCCUCUAUCUGGGAGGACUUUAAAAAUGCCGUAGAUUGCGGAAGUUGCCAGGUGGAACCCCCAUCACAAGCUCUUCUCGGUGGUCUGAAAUUUGUCUCAGGAUUUGGGGAGAACUUUAUGAUCGAUGUCUUGACUGGGUUGUGCGAUAUCAGCAAGGUACUGGCUGAAGAUUCCGAUGUCUGUGAAGGGAUCAUCAAGAAGGAGGGACCUGCACUUCAUGAUGCUUUUCAAGCUUUGAAGAUUGGGUCUCACUCCACCAAGACGAUGUGCGCCAACCUGAUUGGCCUUUGCCAGUAUCCUGCAGUCCGGCCCCAUACUCUUUCGUUUCCGUCGCCCAAACCAAAAGAUAUCAUUCUGCCGUCUAGCGGCAAAUCACCGAUCAAGGUUGUCCAUUUCAGCGAUACACAUGUGGAUCUUUCGUACAAAACCGGCUCGAGCUAUGAAUGUUCCAAGCCUAUCUGUUGCAGAGUUUUUGAAGACAAGGACGCCCCGGGGAUCACAAAGACCCCUUGUGGACCAUUUGGAAACCCUAAAUGUGACCCGCCUCAGGCGCUCCAAGAGAGCAUGCACGCUGCUAUUGCAGAGAUUAACCCAGAGUUCUCCAUAUACACAGGUGACGUGGUAUCUCACGAUGUCUGGUUAGUGGAUCAGGCCGAGGCUCUGGAAAGUUUCAAUUCUACAUAUGGUCAAAUGGAAAAGUCGCUUGGUAUGGUUUACGCCGCCAUAGGCAAUCAUGACAGCGCACCUCUCAAUCUAUUCCCACCAAACACUAUCCAAGACGGAAACAACCAAUGGGCAUACAAUGCUCUCGCCGAAGACUGGGUCGCACUAACCGGAAUCUCAUCCGUACAAUCUGCCGACGAGUACGGCUCGUAUUCUGCUAUCCACCCAAACAGCAACUUACGCAUCAUCUCCUACAACAGUAUCUUCUACUACAAGUUCAACUUCUACAUGUACCAAGAACCAAUGGAAACAGACCCAAAUGGCCAAUUACAAUGGCUCAUCAAAGAACUCCAAGCAGCAGAAGAUGCAGGCCAACGCGCAUGGCUAAUCUCACACAUCCCAUCCGGAGUCGCAGAUCACUUCCACGACUACUCACAAUACUUCGACCAAAUCGUACAGCGAUAUGAAGCCACCAUCGCAGGAAUGUUCUACGGCCAUACACACAUGGAUGAGUUUCAAAUCGCAUACUCGAACUACAAUAAUCGCAACUGGGAAACUGCUACUGCGAUGGGAUAUAUCGCUCCAGCAAUGACGCCCACAGAAGGCCCGCCGUCUUUCCGUGUUUACGAGAUCGAUCCUGAUACUUUCGGUGUCCUCGAUUACACACAGUAUAUCGCCAAUAUCAGUGAUCCGACGUAUCAGACAAAGCCAAAAUGGAUCCCGUACUACUCCGCCAAAGCGGAUUACGGAUCGAAGCUUUCUCCUCCGGUUACAGACCCCAAGGCCGAGCUCACGCCGGCUUUCUGGCACAAUGUCACUGUUACUAUGGAACACGACCAAUCUGUUUUCCAAGAUUUCUGGGCGAGACGUGUGCGUGGCUAUAAUGUUACCGGAUGCACUGGUGAUUGCAUGACAGCAGAAAUUUGCACCCUUCGCGCUGCGGAUGCGCAGUAUAAUUGUGUUAAGCCGAAGCCUGGACUCAACUUUUCUAAGCGUGAUGGAGAGACUGUUGCUUUGCCGGAAGAGGAGUCGCAAUCUCAUUGCGAUCAUGCCGGAUUGGCUUCUCUUUUGGGCAAGAUCGCUUAUCGGGCUAGAGUUGCGAAAAAAUUGGAAGACGCUUGA